AAUAUUUUGGCGCGACAUUCCAGCUUUUCGGUCGCCACGGUAAUUACAGCUGAGGAAGAUUCUAUCUUCUUUUACUCUGUUCGUAUUUCUCCAAUAAUCUCCACGAAUUUCGUUACUUCGUGGGCAAUAUUAUUUAAUAUUUUCGUAAAUAGUUGGAAGGAAAGCAAUGUCCAUGACCUGUUAUAGGGCCUCUGAGACUGGAAGAGAGGUGGGAUGAAGAUAUCUUUGUAACAGAAACCUAUCCUGAAUGUUUAUAAGAGAGUGGACUCUGUGAAAUGCACUGCACAAAGUAUUAGUUGACAGUGUUAAAAACAAGUCAGCUGGUUAUGUCCCCCUCUCAAGUAGGUCACAGUGGAAUUUGAACUCAGAACAUAAAGAACUAGACUAAAUACUGCAAAGCACCUAACCCAAAAUUUCUUACUGUUCAGCCAAUCCACUGCUCUUGAUUAGUACUCUAUUAUCAACUCUGAAAGAUGAAAUACAAAGAUGACCAUGGUAGGAGUUGAACUUGGAAUGCAGAGAACUAGGCCAAAUACCAUAAAGGAAUGCAGAGAACUAGACCAAAUACCAUAAAGAAUUUUGUCCGACAGUCUAACGACUCUGUUUUCCAGUUUACCAGUCUGAAGUAAGAAACUAGAGAAUGUCCACUUCUACUGACAACAAGGAUGAGUUACCUGCUGAGGAAAUGCCAGAACAUAUACGAACAGAGAUUGAAAAGUUGUAUGGGUUUCUCCCGGAACUUAAAAAGUAUUUUCAAGUUACCAAAAAGAUCGGUGAAGGUACUUUCAGUUCUGUUUUCCAAGCGAGAUUACGAGAGUACCCCAAAGUGAGUAGGCUGUUUGCUCUGAAACACAUCAUUCCCACUAGCCAUCCAAUGAGAAUUGAAACUGAACUAAAAUGCCUUCAGGAACUAGGCGGCAAAAACAAUGUUAUGGGCGUGGAGCUGUGUCUUCGAAAUAAAGACCAUAUUGUGAUUGGAAUGCCAUAUUUCUACCAUGAUAAACUUCAGGAUUGUUUGUCAUCUUUAACUCCUGAAGAAAUCAAAUGCUAUAUGAAAAAUUUAUUAAUUGCUUUAAGUCAUGUUCACGAAUAUGAUAUUAUCCACCGUGAUGUGAAGCCCAGCAAUUUCUUGUUUAACCGUAAAACACAACAGUUCUCAUUAGUGGAUUUUGGUCUUGCUCACAAAGCACCUUCACCUUUGAAGGAAAAUAAACUUAAAUCUGAUAUACCUUCCCAUCACUACUUUCCAGUCAGACGAAAUUUGAAAAGUACAUCAAAGCCUGAUUUGAAAAGUAUUCCAACAAGUGAUAAAUGUGGUCAAAGGACUGCCAAGAAUUCCAGUGUAUUUUCUACUCAGUCUCCUCGACAGCGAUUGCUUAUAAAACAGGCUGCAGUUAAAGUCAAUCACAAUGUCGCACCAUCAAAUCAACGCAGUGGCAUCUCAGCUGCUCAUACUUGUCGAUGUUUUGGAAAACCCACGAUCUGUCAUAUUUGUUCAGAGAGAGGAAAUCAGAUUGCACCUCGGGCUGGCACUCCUGGUUUUCGUUCUCCAGAAGUCUUGAUGAAAUAUCCUUUCCAAACUACAAGUGUGGACAUUUGGUCUGCAGGAGUCAUCUUCCUUUCAUUGUUAAGUGGCCGCUAUCCAUUCUUUAAAGCUAAUGAUGAUCUCACUGCUUUAGCUCAGAUUAUUACAUUGAUGGGAAGUGAUACAGUGAAAAAAACUGCUAAGAAAAUUGGUAAAGAGUUGCUCUGUUUACCAUAUACACCAUCUAUAAAUUUCAAAGACCUUUGCACCAAAUUACGUUCAUCUGACUUGAAAGACAAGAAAAGUAGCAACAGCACCAACUUAUGCCAUGAUAAACCUUCAGAAAAUUUCAUUGAUUUGGUAGGCAACGAUGCAUUCGAUUUGUUGAGCAAAAUGUUGGACUUGAACCCAGUCACUCGGAUAAAAGCAGAAGAUGCAUUAAAACAUCCAUAUUUUAAAAUACAUUUUAAGGAAAAUAAUAAUGCACAAAAACCAAUCAAAAAUAAUAUAAACAAGCAUUUACUUUCUAAAUAAAAACCAAUGAUGAAUGACAAAAAAUAAUAUUUUAUA